UUUGUCUUUCUAAAUUGUUUGUGUUCUGAGUGAAGUUUGUGCGUUUUCUUUGUCUCAUGGGGUCAGAAGUGGCUGUUUGGUGAGCUUCCUUCUUUCUUCAAGAAGUCUGGUGGGUCAUUCAGUUCCGUUUUCAGCUCUGAUCGCUGCCGAAAAAUGGAAGCCGUGGUCCGACUGUUGUUGCUGUUAGUAGGAGUCGCUCAGGGUACAGAGACUUUCUGUGAUUCAAGACAGGAUAAAGUUCAGUGUUAUGGAGCUGAUGGUGGAACUGUGUUCAUACAGCUGAUCAACAAAGACACAGAGACAGACAAUAAAUUUGAAUGGAAGAAGGAUAACUUGGUAUUACUUAAAGGGAAAAAAAAUUCCAUACUAUCUAAUGAAUUGGAGAACAGAUCUUCAUUUUUUUUCAACAAUGGAACAUUUAUGAUUAAAAACCUGAGUAAAAGUGACAGCGGUGAAUAUGAACUCACACUGUAUAACUCAGAGGGAAAGAUUAUCAAAAAACGGUCUACAAGGUUAACUGUUAAUGAAAGGAAUCCACUGUCCAUCCUGGCUGUCUUGCUUUCACUUCUGUUAAUCUGCUUAAUUGCUGGAACUGUUGUCAUCUGUGUCUUGAAAAAAAACAAAAACAAAGGUGAUCAUCAAAUAAUCUAUGCUGAAGUUCAGAUGAAGCAGCAGCAGAAGAAGAGGAGCGUCUCUGAAAAGUUAGAAGUGGAGGUGGAGUACAGUGAAGUGAAGUUUGCAGAGCGCCCUCAUCAGACUGAGCCUGCAAAUUAUGAAGCGUUCAAAGGAGAUUCAAGUUGAGGAAGAUGAAGAGAUCCGCAGGAUCUUCCUAAAAGAUGCACUUUGAUCUGUUUGUAUGCAGCUGCCCUGAUUUUCUCUUCUUUUUCUCUAUAUUAAUGUGGGUUACAUUGAGAGAACAUGAGAAUGUGAGGAAACUGCUGUAAUUUCUUCCUUUGGCUUCUUUUUGUUCAGUGCUUGAUAUAUGGGCCUCGAAAUAAGACAUCUUAAAAGCUAUUCUAUGUUAUUUAAAGAUGGUAUUGUUUGUUUUUCAUCAUUUCUCAGUAACACAAAGCAGCAAAUUGAUCAAAAGAACCACAUGAUCCACAAAAUGGAAAAACAAGCUCUGUUUGUGAUGAACAAAGGAAAACGUUUGGAAGCUUCUUGAUAACAGCUCACAUACUCACUUACAUAUGUUUUAAAGUUAUAGAAAAGAAACCCAGACUCUUAAACUUUAAAUGAUUGCAAAAAAGGAUAAUAUGAAUUUAAUAAAACAUAAGCAGGACCAUCACUUCUUCUGUCUGGACAAAGUCAGUCAAAGUUGUUCCAAACUGAAACUUAACUCAAACUCAGUUUGUUGUCUCUAAGAAAAAUCAACAAAACUGCAAAAAUUCACAUCCUGAAUGUGAUUCAGAGGCAACCAAUUAAAAAAUUGAAGCCAUCGUUCUCCAGAUUCCUUAGUUUCAUAUUCUUUUGAUCAAGAAAGUAGACAGAAAAGCACACUACAGAUGUGAGACUGAAAAAAAAACUCAACUGUUUUCUAUACUGUUAGUUAUUUGUGUUUCAUUUGCUUGUUGACUUUCUGUUUUUUGCACCUGGAUGCUAAGCAUGUUCUUUCUAGUUGUGACAUGUACAAAGUCCCUAAUCUAUUAAUUAGCAUGUUGUUUAACCAACAUCAAGGAUGGACACGUCAUUAGCCUUUCAGAAGCAGUUUGUCUUUGUAUUUUCUUUGCUGAUGGUUCAGUGCUGUGCAGCAUUUGUGAGGAUAGAAUUUUACGUUGUUUGAUUAUUUUGCUCUUUUUGAAAAUUCUCUUUUUUGCAGAUGCACAAUUUAUAAAGUAACAAAUAAAAAUUUGUAGAAAAAGAAAAA